AGGGAGCCGGGCCGGGGGCGUUUCGGGUGUCCGAAGGCGAGUCCGAUCGGACCAGGAAGUAGCUCAGGGGAACCUGACCCCGACCCACCGCUCUCCUCACUCGAGCAGAGGAGGCAGGGAAGUACCGAGGGCAGUCAAGCUACCCCUGGGGGUGGUUCCUGGGACUAGAUGGAGCUCAGUCUGUGGAUUCUCCCUCUUUCUCGGCCCUACGCUUCCUUCUCUGACAAAUUCGAUCGGCAAACCCAGUAAUUGCCUUCCUUUAACCCAAGAAAACAAACCUUUUUUCUGUUUCUGAGCGGGCUUGAACCUUAAGGAGGUACUCGGAUAACUAGCGGUCCGAAUUUCUGCAUCAGGCCUCAGAUAGAGGCAGGCAGUGCGGGGGAAGUUCUGCUUUUCUGGAUUUGCAAAGAGAAAACCGGGACCAGGAAAGCCGAGAAAGUUGAGGCCUGGGUGGGGUUUCCAUUUUUUCAGAAGGAUACCUUAUUUAAAGAUCAGAGCUCCGCUCUUAGUCUUAGUAGUAAUUCGCCCCUCCUCAUUGAUAGUUCACAUAAAUCAACUUCAAGAGAAAACCGAGCCUUGAGAAAAUUAUUGAGAUUUGAAGGUUCUUUAGGACUUUGUCUUGCGAAUACUCUGCAGAUUCAUACAGAAUUACUAAAGAAGUGGAGAUUCAAGCAGUUAAAUUAAAGGCAUUCUGAGGAAACUUAACACAUAUUGUGAAAAUCAUCUUUGAUCCUGAAAUUAAAAGUAAAGCUGGAAAGGAAUUUACAAACGAAAAAAAAAAGAAGUUUGGAAUUGGACUCACAGGAUCUGGGCUUGGAAAUGCCUCAGCCUAGUGUAAGCGGAAUGGAUCCGCCUUUCGGGGAUGCCUUUCGAAGCCACACCUUUUCAGAACAGACUCUGAUGAGCACAGAUCUUUUAGCGAAUAGUUCAGAUCCAGAUUUCAUGUAUGAACUGGAUAGAGAAAUGAACUACCAACAGAAUCCUAGAGACAGUUUUCUUUCUCUGGAGGACUGCAAAGACAUUGAAAAUCUGGAGUCUUUCACAGAUGUCCUGGAUAAUGAGGGUGCUUUAACCUCAAACUGGGAACAGUGGGAUACGUACUGUGAAGACUUAACAAAGUACACCAAACUAACCAGCUGUGACAUCUGGGGAACAAAAGAAGUGGAUUACUUGGGUCUCGAUGACUUUUCUAGCCCUUACCAAGAUGAAGAGGUCAUUAGUAAAACUCCAACUUUGGCCCAACUUAACAGCGAGGACUCUCAGUCUGUUUCUGACUCCCUUUAUUACCCUGAUUCACUUUUCAGCGUCAAACAAAAUCCCUUCCCCUCUUCAUUCCCUGGUAAAAAGAUCACAAGCAGAGCCGCUGCCCCUGUGUGUUCUUCUAAGACUCUUCAGGCUGAGGUCCCUUUGUCAGACUGUGUCCAGAAAGCAAGUAAACCCACUUCAAGCACACAAAUCAUGGUGAAGACCAAUGUGUAUCAUAAUGAAAAGGUGAACUUUCAUGUUGAAUGUAAAGACUAUGUAAAAAAGGCAAAGGUAAAGAUCAACCCAGUGCAGCAGACCCGGCACUUGUUGAGCCAGGUUCACACCGAUGCAGCAAAGGAGAAUACCUGCUACUGCGGUGCAGUAGCAAAGAGACAAGAGAAAAAAGGGAUGGAGCCUUUGCAGGGUCGUGCCACUCCCGCUUUGCCUUUCAAAGAAACCCAGGAACUAUUACUCAGCCCACUGCCCCAGGAUGGUCGUGGGUCAAUUGCUGUAGGGGAGAGUAGCAGCCUUUCUGCCAGCACAUUGGUCUCAGAUUCAUCCCAGAAAAAGGAAGAGCACAAUUAUUCUCUCUUCGUCUCUGACAACUUGGGUGAACAGCCAACCAAAUGCAGACCUGAGGAGGACGAGGAGGAUGAGGAGGACGAUGAUGAGGACCACGAUGAAGGGUUUGGCAGUGAGCAUGAACUGUCUGAAAAUGAAGAGGAGGAAGAGGAGGAAGAGGAUUAUGAAGAUGACAAGGAUGAUGAUAUUAGUGACACUUUCUCGGAACCAGGCUAUGAAAAUGAUUCUGUAGAAGACUUAAAGGAGAUGACAUCAAUAUCCUCUCGGAAGAGAGGUAAAAGAAGGUACUUCUGGGAAUAUAGUGAGCAACUUACACCAUCACAGCAAGAGAGGAUGCUGAGGCCAUCUGAAUGGAAUCGAGAUACCCUACCAAGUAAUGUGUAUCAGAAAAAUGGCUUACAUCAUGGAAAAUAUGCGGUAAAGAAGUCACGGAGAACUGAUGUAGAAGAUCUGACUCCAAAUCCUAAAAAACUACUUCAGAUAGGUAAUGAACUUCGGAAACUGAAUAAGGUGAUCAGUGAUUUGACUCCAGUCAGUGAGCUUCCCUUAACAGCCCGGCCAAGGUCAAGGAAGGAGAAAAACAAGCUGGCUUCCAGGGCUUGUCGGUUAAAGAAAAAAGCCCAGUAUGAAGCUAAUAAAGUGAAAUUAUGGGGCCUGAACACAGAAUAUGAUAAUUUAUUGUUUGUAAUCAACUCCAUCAAGCAAGAAAUUGUAAACCGAGUACAGAAUCCAAGAGAGGAGAGAGGACCCAACAUGGGACAGAAGCUUGAAAUCCUUAUUAAAGAUACUCUUGGCCUCCCAGUUGCUGGGCAAACCUCCGAAUUUGUGAACCAAGUGUUAGAGAAGACUGCAGAAGGCAAUCCCACUGGAGGCCUUGUAGGACUAAGAAUACCAGCAUCAAAAGUGUAAUCAGCCUCAUUGGACCACUGGUCAGAAAUGUCUGUGUUCUUCACGUUGUUCAUUGUAAAUUUUCAUUCUGUUUUGCAUGUCAGUUUAGCAUUAUGUAAACAUUUACAAUUAGGUUACAUUGUUUUAAGAACUAAGUAGCAUAAGUGAAGCAUGAUCCAAAAUACUUGAUUAUUGCAUUUUCAGAGCAUAAACCAUGGUUAAAACUGCUACUGGCAUCAGAAUUGAAACUGAUAAGUUUAAGUAAAUGUUUAGGGUACAGAUUUCAAAAAUCUGUUGAAGUAAAACAUUUUGGAGGGGUGAAGAUAUUAAUGUAAAUGCCAAAUAUUGUGGCAAGUUUAUGCUCUGAACCACACACACAAAAAUUGAGGAAGCAUUUUUUAAACAGUCAGUUUAGAUUGUUUUUAGAAUUACUGCUUUUUGUUGAGAUUUUCCACAACCAUUAAUCUCACUUGUACAUGGCACACCCAGCCCUCGUGCCUGUGUGCCAUAUUAGACGUUCAUUUUCAGAGCUCAAUACUAUAUAUAUAUACAUAUAUAUAUAUAAAUGUCUGUGCAAGUAAGAAAAAAAAGCAUAUUCUUCGUGCCUUGUAUUUUGGGGAAACUAUAAAACUGGUAAUAUUUUGUAUGAUGAAAAACCCUAAUGAGGAAAAACAAGAUAUAUAGAUGGAAAAAUUAUGGGGUUUAAAUGUUUUUUUGUUCCAACUCUUUUUCAAAUUUUUUGAAUGUAUAUAGGACUAUGUUGAAAUGUAGAUAUAUGCCACAGAGUCUGUGUAUUGUAUAAAAAAAACAAAAACAAAAAAAAAACAAAAAAAAAGAUGGCUCUAGAAAACUCAAUUUCGGUACUUGACCGGAAGAAGACAAAUACUUGCACAUUAUUGCGAUUGUUUUAUUUUUUGUACCAAAGACAAAUGCAACUGAUAUGGCAAACUGCCAGUCUAAGUAAAGUUUUGCACAGCUUACAUGAUACUGUAUGAAUGUAUGAAAAAAAACGGAAAAAAAAAAAAAAAAAAAAGAAAAA